CUACUCCUGAGAGGAGAAAAAAGUUACUGUGUCACUUGGGACUUUUUUGCAGCUGAAGGACACACUGAUCUUGAGCUGAGGGCUUCAAAAUGUUUCAGAUAUGUGCUCCCCUAGUCCCCAUCCUUAAAGCACAUUCUUAUCCAGCUGAGACAUGCUACGGCUUUUGUAUACAACAGGGGCGCUAGGACCGUGAGGGAGAGUGCCUCUAAAUGUCUUGUCAGUAACAUUUUCUGUUAUUUGUAAGCGCCUUUGAACCGAGCAGCCGUUUAAGCGACUCCCAGGGACGGAUAGUCAUAUUGAGUAGGAACACAAGCUUGUAGUUGACUCUCAUCGAUCAACUUUGUUUGGACCGAAUUGAUUUGGAGACGUUAUUAAAGUGGCGACUAACUCUCUGCGGGACUGUGAAGAGAGAGGGAUACCUGUCACACUGAAGAGAUGGGAGAAAUCAGGAGAAUCGAGAUGCCCGGUAGUUUUGAAGGGGGCGAAAACGGGAAUAGGAUUUAAACACCGACUCUGGUUAACAAAAAGGUACAUUGUGCAUUUGUCUUACCCAUUUGUUUUGAUCAACGACCAUGUCUCCACAUCCAAACUCUGGCCAGGCUCAUCCCUCCACCUCAGUGCUGCUCCUCUCGCUCCUCCUCCCCCUCUCUCUGUCAUCCCGAGCCCUCCCUCACCAAGAUCCCGUCCACCUCCCUUCACUGGUGCCCCAUGUACCCCUGCCCCUCUCCCGCUCUCUCUUCAGUGCUCAGACUCAAUUGGACUUCACCACUCACUGUAACGCCAGCUGCUACCACAAGGGAGAGCAAGAGCGAAGGCGAGAGCACCUGACUGAGCAGCUGGCCUUCGAGACGCUCUAUGCGGAUGGUUCUCGUACCCUCACCACUAUGGAUGUGGAGGACGAGGAUGAUUAUGAGGGAACCAUCAGUCCUGCCCUUCAACCACCACCAAUGAGAGGAUGGAGAGUUACCAGUCGGCACAGGCGUCAGAAACGACAGAUUUACGGGGCUGAUGGGCGCUUCAACAUCCGCGGUGACCACUUCCUGUUGGACUACCCGUUCUCCACAGCCGUGAGGAUCUCCACCGGCUGCACCGGGGUCCUGGUGUCUCAACGCCACGUUCUGACCGCUGCCCACUGCGUGCAUGAUGGGAAGGAUUACGUCAAGGGAGCCCGUAAACUGAGGGUGGGCUUCCUGACUCCUCCGUACAUCAACGGCACCAAGCCCAGUCAGACCCCCACCAAGAUACCCCUGGUGCGCUGGGUCCGGGUCAAAAGCACUCGUGUCCCCAAAGGCUGGAUCCAGGGCCCCCAGGAGGUCAGCAUGGACUUUGACUACGCCCUCCUGGAACUGCGCUGGCCCCACCGCCGGCCCUUCAUGCGUCUGUCUGUGGCUCCUUCCUCUGAUGACCUGGCAGGGAAACGCAUCCACUUCUCUGGGUUUGAUAGUGACAGGCCUGGGGAGCUGGUCUACCGCUUUUGUCCUGUGGAGGACGAGUCUAACGACCUGAUCUACCAGCAUUGUGAUGCCCGGCCGGGGGCCAGCGGCUCGGGGGUGUACGGCCGCGUGUGGGACACGGCUCUGGAACGGUGGGAGAGGAAAGUCAUCGGCAUCUUCUCUGGACACCAGUGGCUGGAGAUUGACGGGGAGAACCGAGACUACAACGUGGCUGUGAGAUUCACCCCGCUGAAGUUUGCCCAGAUCUGUUACUGGGUGCAUGGGAACCGAGUGGACUGUAUCCAGGACUGAGGGAGAGAAGGGGAGGGGGGAUGAACUAAGAGAAGAUGGAGGCUAUGAAGCUCAUGACUGAAAAGUGAUUAAAGUAAGCACAAAAUCCCUUAAAGGAGAUGUGGAGGAAAUUACUCCUCAACUCAUUCUAUAACGGGCAAGAGUGAAACUGGAUUUAAACCUAAUAAAUAUUUAAAGUCUUCAAUACUAUCUAAGAAAACAGGACUGCUAAACCUUCAUGCGCCAUAACAUGUUUUCCUUGGAAAGUCGUGAACCACUGUGACUGUCCCUUACUCUGGAAAGUGCAGGAAUGUCCCUUUGGAUCAAACUCCGUUCCCUCAGUGAAUGUAAAUGUUUUCUAUCUCAGACUUAACUAGCUCCUUUUUUCGGGGUCUAUGCCUCCUUUCUAACACAUCUGCUAUCAUCACAGCAGCUUUUAAUGCACUUUUCCUUAUGGUCAGCUUCACAACACUGAGUCGAUAUUUCCACUGUAUUAAACAGAACCACUUUUAUUAGAGGGAAAAGGAAUAACACUGAUCCUUUCCUUGCGUGUACCCCGUCUCUCCUGUUUUAUAACUGUGGUAGCAGCCGUUCAUUUUCUACAAUGUACUGACUCGCUUUAGCCAAUGGAGGGAAAUACUGGACUGAUUUUCUUUAUAUAUAUCAUGCUCUCCCAUUGUACUCUAUAAUACCGCGACCGCAUGCUUUUCAACACUUAGGAUUAAAUGUGUGAGUGGGUAGUUGAAUUUACAAAGAUGUGGUGACGGGACGGUUUAUUUGUUUAGGUAAUGUCUUGAAGGAUGUGAACGGUUUUGGAGAGUACAGGAACUUGUCAUUGUGUUAGAAAGACGCUUGUUAAAAGGCAUACUUUUCCCCAAUGAUCCAGAGGUGUACCUAGCCACACUGAAAACAUAUUGAGCCUCAAUACACCAAACAUGUCAAAAAGGCUCAAAGGUAUAGAUGGUGAAAUCAAUCAAAUACAUUCUAAAAACCUAGGAGGGGGUUUCUUACUCUGAAUGCCUGCUGCAUAUUCAACUUGCUUUUGAGCAUAUGGGGGGGCAGGAAAAUCCGAAUGUUGGUAAUAAUUUUAUUUUUUGAAAAUGCCUAUAUCUAUUUUAAUAAACUGAGAUUUCUAUCAUGA